UGGUUUGAUUCCAUACGCUCGAGGAACCACCAUAUUCCAUAGCUUUUCCAGGAAAAGUCAUCACGUUGACCUCAAUUCACAUCUACAGAUUUGCAAUUAUCCAUUGUCUCUGCUCAAUCUUUCUUUUGAUUUAGUAUAGGAUUUGUCAAGCAUACCUCUAAUGGCGUCUUCUUCAACAUUGUUCAUUCAACAUAGCUACAAGUAUGAUGUGUUCUUGAGCUUUAGUGGUGAAGACACGCGUAAGAGUUUUGUUGAUCAUCUUUAUGUUGCUCUUCAACGUCAAGGAAUUCACACUUACAAGGAUGAUGAAAGUCUGGAGAAAGGAAAAAAGAUUAAUGUUGAGCUCUUGAAAUCCAUUCAAGACUCAAAAUUCUACAUCAUUAUUUUCUCAAAGAACUACGCAUCUUCCUCUUGGUGCUUGGAUGAGCUUGUGAAGAUAAUGGAAUGUCAAAAAAAUCCCGAGCAUAUUGCUUACCCUGUGUUCUACGAUGUAGAACCCUCUGAAAUCCGCAAACAACUUGGGGGUGUUGGAAAAGCUUUUGCCAAACAUAAAAAGAAGGGAGAACUCAAGAAGUGGAAAGAGGUUCUGGAAGAAGCAUCAAAUCUAGCUGGGUGGGAUUUGAGGAACACUGAUGAUGGGCAUGAAGCUAAACUCAUCAAUAAAAUUGUUGAAAAGAUUUCAGUGGAGUUACGUUUCAGUAAUUUGAAUGUUGAUGAAAAAUUAGUAGGCAUGGAGAGCCGGAUAAAUGAUAUCGUUUCAUCUCUGGAAACUGGUGCUGAAGAUGUUCGUAUCAUUGGGAUCAAGGGGAUUGCAGGUGGUGGAAAGACCACUUUGGCCAGAGCUAUUUUUGACAAAAUACACUUUCAGUUUGAAGGCAAAAGUUUUGUUGAGAAUGUCAGAGAAGUUGCAAAAGCCUCAUUAUCCGGGUUGCAAUCGUUGCAAGAACAAGUACUUUCGAAUGUUUUAAAUGAUAAAAGAAUCACUGUAGGGAGUGUUCAUGAUGCUAAAAGCAUGAUGAAAAAGAUGUUGAGUGGUAAGAAAGUUCUUCUUAUUCUAGAUGACGUGGAUGAUCUAGACCAGAUGGAUGCAUUAGCUGGUGGGGUUAACUGGUUGAAAUCCGGAAGUAGAAUUAUCAUUACUACAAGAGAUGAACAAGUGCUUGUAGCAUACAGAGUUAUGUGGAUUCAUGAUGUCAGCCUGUUAUCACAUAAAGAAGCAAUUUGCCUCUUCAGUAGGUAUGCAUUUGGUAGAGAUAUUCCAAUUCAAAGGUACAACGAUCUAUCUCUCAAAGUUGUACAUUAUGCUGCUGGUCUUCCCUUAACGAUCAGAGUUUUGGGUUCAUUUCUUUGUGGUAAAGAUGAGCUUGAAUGGAAAGAUGCACUCAAUAGACUAAAAACAAUUCCAUUGAAGGAAACUCAAGAAAAGUUGGAAAUAAGUUAUACUGGCCUCGAAGAUGAUUAUAAGGAAAUAUUCCUGGAUGUUGCAUGCUUAUUGAAAGGUUGGCUGAAAGAUGAUGCAAUUAGAGCACUUGAAAGUUGUGGAUUUCAUGCUAGGAAUGGUUUGAGAGUUCUUGAGCAAAAAUCUCUCAUGACUAUUUCUCCUUAUCAACGGUUAGGAAUGCAUGAUCAUAUAGCAGAAAUGGGCCGAAAUAUUGUUCGUCGUCUGCAUCCUGAUGAGCCCCUUAGACAUAGUAGAUUGUGGAUUCGAAGGGAGAUUGAAGAUGUAUUGGCCAAUGACUUGGUUAUGGAAGCCACAAGAGCUCUAGCAACCAACACAUUUCCACAGGGUGGAGAGAAGAAUCUUCGUUCCAAUAAUAUUCUUACAAUUGGUUUUGAAAACAUGAAGAAGCUUAGAUUUCUUUACAUGGUUUCUGAGACCCAUGAUUUGUUUACCAAGGUUGAAGUUGGCAGAAACUUCCCAAAUGCCUUACGCUUUUUGUGUUGGCAAGGAUAUCCUCAUUUCUGUUUACCAAGAACAUUUCAAGCAGAUAAUCUGGUUUCACUAGAAAUGCCUUAUAGCAGAAUCGAACGACUAUGGGAAGAGGGAGAUGGAAAGGUUCUUAAUAACCUCAAAUUCCUAGACUUCAGUUACUCAAAAUUGACGACCCUUGAUUGUGGCUUACUUCCGAAUUUGGAGAAGUUAAAACUUGAAAAAUGUAAGCAUUUGGUUGAACUUCACACCCCAAUUGGAUCUCUAAGAAGGCUUGUUUACUUAAACUUAAGUCAUUGCCAUGGACUCGAUUAUAUUUCAUUUGUCAAGCAGCUGGAAUCACUUCAGGUCCUUCAAAACCUCAGAUUCCUUGACUUCAGUCAUUCAUAUUUAAUGAUCCUUGAUUGUGGCCUAUUUCCCAAUCUCGAGAAAUUAAAUCUUGGAAAAUGUUAUUAUUUAGUACACCCUCACACGCCCGUUGGAUGUCUUAGAAGGCUUGUCUACUUAAACAUAAAUCAUUGCAGGGGAUUCGAAUCUCUUUCAUUUAUCAAACAGCUGGAAUCACUUCAAGUUCUUGAUCUAAGUUAUUUAUAUCUAUCGAAGCUCCCAGAUAUACUUCCUGGGCACUACAACUAUAGUUUGCUGGAGCUUAACUUUUCAAGGAAUGACUUCGAAGAACUACCCUCAUCAAUUGGAAAUCUUCAAAACCUUGUUUGUUUAGACCUCAGUUGGUGCAAAAACCUCAAGAGUCUGCCACAAAGCAUAUGUAGUUUACAACGUCUAAAAGACUUUAACCUUGAAAGUUCUACAAUAAAGGAAUUGCCCGAAGAUCUUGGCCAUAUAGAAUGUUUAGAAUUGCUAAAUUUAAGGUCUACACCUGUCAAAUAUCUCCCUAACAGCAUUUGUAUGUUGAAACAUCUGAAAACUCUGCUCCUUGCAUACUGUAAGGUUCUAAAGAAGUUGCCCGAGAAUAUUGGCCUAUUAGAAUCAUUGGAGGAACUAAGUCUAGCGUUUUGCAAGAUAAGAGAUGUACCGAGUAGCAUCUGUAAAUUGACAAGUCUAAGAGAGUUUAACCUUCGCUACUGUGAUCAACUAGAGAAACUGCCGGAGAAACUAGGUGACUUAACAUGUUUAAAGAAGUUAAAUGUACAAGGUACUGGUAUAAGUCAUCUUCCACAUGGUAUUUCUUCGCUGAAAAGUCUGAAAAUCAUUGGAUUUGGAUCAGAAGAUUCAUCUAUAUACAACUAUGUCUCGAGAAGAAAAACGAAUAACCCAAAACAAGUUCCCACUACCAUGCAUCACAGACGAUUUUGAGAAGAACCAUUAUAAGCAUAAAGUAUCUCUGAAGCCACAAAGAACCUUUAUACAUAGUGAUCACCAUGAUUUUUAACAAUUGUGUUACUGUAUAUUUUAAUUAUGUUACACCACUUUGAUAUACACUGUCAAAAUUUAUCUAUCUCACCUUACAUGACUUUGGAUAUACACGCGCGGUC